CUUCAGAAUUCUAAUUUCUUGUAUGCCGAGUGCAAAAUGCAAAUCAAAAUGGCCGAUGCUUCGAGAAAGGUGUGUCGCGGAAUUGUUACCGAGUAACCAUCAGCAUUGAACGUCAGUGAAAGUUUACGUGUUCAUUACUGCGGCGUUGGUGGACAUCGAGUCCCGCCUCCCGCGGCAUCGCAGCCCGCGUCGCUCUGGGGCUUCGCCCCUCGCGUCUCGCCGCGCGCGUUUGGAGCCCUCGCUCCUGUAGAGAACGGAGUAUUAGAGAAUGUCGUCCCGUCGUAACGGAUCCGUGUCGCGGGCCGCGGAGGCCGCCUCCAAGAACAGGCUCCAUAUGGACAGGAACCCACAGCACUCCAGGAUAACUGAUCCGUCGAACCCAGCGGGACGUAGGAAGGAGAUUGAUAAUGUCAUGAAGCGAGCAAGACAAGCCUCCCCAGGCAGCUGGGAUCGCAAGCUCUUAGAAGUUGAGGAGAAAGAUCCGAACAGAUGGCGCCACAGUGGGUACAAGCAAAUGUACCUCGAGGGUGCUUCGCCCCGUCGCUCGCGCUCCCCCGGCAAACGCUCUAGGUCUCCGAUAGCUCGUCGUUCCAGGUCACCGAUAGGUCGCAGGUCGAGAUCUCCGGUGGGGCGAAGGUCCCGUACACCUGUACACCGCUCUCCAAGGAAGUCGCGCUCGCGGAGCCAGAGGCGAAGUCCUAGACGCAGUCCCAGGCGGAGCCCUGUCAGACGCAGUCCUAUUCGCCGCCGUCGAAGCCCCAGCCCUCGCCCGCGACGAGCUAGGCCUCCGCCCCCUGCCCCGCCCCGAGGAGCGCGCCCUCCCAGCCCGCCGGCACCAAGGAAGUCCUCACCGUCUGGAUCUUCAGGCAGCAGCUGUUCCGAUGAAUCCUGCUCAGUUUGCUCGGCCAAGAACAAGAAAACUGUCCCUCCAACUAAGAAUGUCAAACCGGGUCCUCGUAAGUCACAAUCUCCUAAACGAGCCCCUCGUGCUGUCCAACCGACACGCGAACUGUUGCAAGCCAGAGAGAGCAGCAAGCGGAGCCGGGAGGAAAAGGUAUUGGAGUGGCAGCGGUCCCAAUUAGCCGUUAGAUCAGCCCCAAUCCCGGUGUCUCAUAUCAAGCGUGAGGGCGAGCGGCGCGUGCGGCGCCCUAGAUCGAGGGGCGUGUCCCCCGCGGCCAUCGCCGCAGCUCUAGCCGACAGCGAUUCCGACACAGACAGUGAGGCCAGCGAAGAACCUACCACACAGAGACUGACUCUAUCAGAGCGUUUCGGCAAAAUGGCGCAGUGGUCGGCAGCGAGAUGUGCAAGACUCGAGAAUAUGAAAAUCACCAGAAGAGAGAGCACUCUGCACGUUCACAUAGAGAGGGAUGAGGAUGCUGCAGUUAGGGAUGCCGUAGCAGAGGAAUAUCCAGGUCUAGACCCAGCACCAGUUGGCAGUUACCCCGAGGAGCUUCUAUCAGCUGCGCCCGGGGGCCUACCUUCUUGGGACGAUGUCAGGGUCAGAUAUGACUACUACAAGAAGAGGGGUUACUUACGAGGAUUGACUCUCGGCGACUAUGUCAAGUGGGAAGAGUGGUGGUACAAGUAUCAGGAGUGGCUGAAGAGAGAACGGGCCUAUGAACGGUGGGCCGAGGGAGACGGAACUGUUACGAGUCGCCGUGAGAGACGUCGUCGAGGCGGCCGUCACCGGCGCAGCUGAGGGCGCGCCGCCCCCGCGGCCGUCCUCUGUGUGGACCUGGCCGCGGGGGCCGCCCUCCGUUAAGGUUGGCGACCUCUGACCCAUGCUGAUAACCUGUCACUCAUCAGAAAAAAACUGUGAAAUCAAGAUAAUUCCAUGGAAAUUUGUGACCAACGAGUCUAGGAAGUUCUAUGAAAAAAUAUGUGCAAAAUCCAAUAGACAGCAAUAUCGUUACCGAAGUGACAGUGUAGGAAAGUUAUUAUCAGUGUCGGUUAUAUGGACUUAACAUAUUUGUAGGUUACAUAGACAUAGAUAAAUAUAUAAUAUAUAUAUAAUGUAAAAGUUACAUAUUAAAAUAUAUCGUAUAUUAUAUUAUACUCUAUAUUAUAAUAACUUGAUAAUAUUUUUGAUUCAUUUUCAUUAGCAAUACGAAAGCUUACUAACGUGUAAAUACUGUGGGACGGCUGACACCUUGCAGCCUCGCGCUUACGAGAAUGCUGAUUUAUAUUAAGUGUAAGGGAAGUUACUGGUUUAGAACAAAAUUAGUAUAGGACUAACCGCUGAAGAUCUGAAGAAGGGUACAUACAGAAGCAUAGACAAUACAAGCCUCGAGAUCAAUUAAAAAGGCUCAGUGCUGCCAUCUAGUUAACUUGACCAUGUUACACUAACCGUAGGUUAAAUCUGAACCCGCUUAUAAUGAAGCGUUAGGUUAAAUAUAUAUUGUUUUGUAAAUUAAUUAGUAUAGUAAUAAAAAAUAUGUCAUUUGUAAGCUAGGCGAAUGUUAUGGUAAUUGGGACACAUUCGGUAAGAUGAUUAUUACCAGGCAAUCUCAUAAAUACAUAUAUAUAUAUACAUAUAUAUAUAUAUAUACAUAUAUAUAAAUAUAUACAUAUAUAUAAAAUAAAAAUUAUGGAAUUUCUUUAUUAUUGAAUGAAAGUUUUUGCUGUUAAAUUAUGUUCUGUGGAAAACCGAUUUUUAUAUACAAGUGAAUGUGUAACAGCUGUGUGCGUUCCUGAACGGGUCUGUGUGUCUGUGAACGUUUUAUGUUUAGACAUUGCGAAAAUAAAGUAUUUAUAAACGUGA